CUAUAUAAUGGUAAAUGUCUUUCAAGAUCUGAUCCACUGGAAAAAUCCCGGAUCUUAUGACAAUUCAUGUGUCUUUCAAUCUCUGCCCAAUACCAGUUUCACAACAUAUACUUGUUGUACCUUUCGUACUCAUGUGUCGCAUAAUAGGAGAUGCCGUAAACUCCAUAGUGGAUAUCCUGACAUCGGUUAGCGAUUUGACGAAGGACGAGAAAUUCAGGCAAAUUCUCGCUAUCAUACAAAAAACCAACAUCAACUUUAUGAUCUGGGUCGAAAAAGCCAAAGCUAUGCCCAGAACUCCGCCCUUAAAUCAAAAUUCAAAUCCUCCGAGGGGGAUCAAGGAUCAAUCUUCUCCGAUGGCAGAUGGCUCGACAGAAAAUGAACGAAAAAGCCUCAUUCGACGGAUCACGAACGAUAUGAAGGUUAAGGUCCGAAUUCUAAAACCGCCGCGGACUGAACGAGGCAGCAAUAGUCCACAACUUGAGAGCUCAUCUGUGGAAACACUAGAAGACAGUGCUCUGGAGGAAACAGGAAGCCGGGAUACUCCACUGACGCCGCAAGGACAUACACCAACAGAUGGAACUCUGGGCCCUUUAACCCCAAAGACAGAUCAGCUCCCCGUUGCACUAAAGCCUAAACGUCCACCAAUAAGACCCAAGCCACCACAUCUUGCAAGCAGCCCAAUAGUAAAUGCAUAAAGGAGCUUAUUACGACGAAAUAGCCAGUUCUAGAAUUCCACGUCUUUAUUACAUGGAAUGUGCAGCGGCAAGGCGCAUUAAAAUCACCGCCGAUUGCUUCGUUAACAAAUGGAACCACUUACCAUGAAUUGGAUCUUGAUUCUCUAGAGAGUUGAACAAUGAGAGUGUAAAACGUUGGAGCUUUACUCUUGACGAACGCGAUGAGUUACUUUAGAUUACAAUAUUUUGGAGAAUCGAUUGGCUUAGAUACUAUCACGGCUGUUCAAAACACCACGACCAAGAUAAUAAUAGUCACAUUGACAAAUUUCCAACCAAGAUAACAUAAGGGAAACAAGCAGAUCUCAUGUAUGGAUAUAUUAAUUAUUAACCAUGUCUAGUAAUAUCAUUUCAUAAAUCUAGUAAUAAAC